AGCUGGAUUAAAGAAGAUUUACCAGAGGGAAGAUUAGGACUUUUCUGGUACUUCUCCUACCGACUUCGGAUGCUACACCACCACCGGCCUCAGGCUCCAGCUCCUAUAAAUACACCCUUCCUCCUUUCUCUACUUUUCCUACGUCUCCCUCUCCACGCACUGCAGAAUCAUCUGGAUCUCAUAUACUUUUAAAAGUAGACGGAGAAUUGUAGAUUUUUGAAGAUGCAGAAGCACAGAAGCAUCGGUUCAAAGUCUUUUAGACAAAGUUCUGAGCGAACAGAACUAUACAGACCCAUAACACCACUUGUAUCAGCUGAGGAUGCACCCAAAACUCCAUUGGAAUCAGCUGAGGAGGUCAAGCAAUGGGAGGAAGCUAGGUGCCCAAUCUGCAUGGAGCACCCUCAUAAUGCUGUCCUUUUACGAUGUUCUUCUUAUGAUAAAGGUUGUCGUCCUUACAUGUGCAACACGAGCUACCGGCAUGCAAAUUGCCUUGAUCAAUUCUGCAAGUCAUCUGUGUCAUCUCCAUCAACAUUAACAAUACAAGGAAAUCUCAGUGCUAGAUCAAACUUGAAUAGAACUGCGCAAUCCAAUGCUUAUGGGAGCGAGUCACAGCAUAAACUUAGUUGCCCCAUGUGUCGGGGAGAAAUCUUUGGAUGGUUUGUGGUAGAGGCUGCACGAAACUUCAUGAACUCCAAAGUAAGGAGUUGUUCUACUGAGACUUGUGAUUUUAGUGGGAAUUAUUUAGAACUUAGGCAGCAUGCCAGGUCAGAUCACCCUGCUGUCCGGCCAUCAGAGGUGGAUCCAGAACGACAGCAUGAUUGGACAAGGCUGCAACGUGAAAGUGAGUUUUCCGACAUGAUGAGUAUGAUCCGUGCAAUGACUGGACUAGGAGGAGGUGAAGAGGGUGAUCAAACAAGGCUAGAAUAUGAAAGUGAUUAUUUGGGCAUGUUUAGUUUGUUCCGGGCAAUGAAUGGAGAAGGAGAGAUAGAACUUGAAUUACACACUCCAGCAGAUUCUCUUCAAUCUUUACAUAGUUCAAUCAUCUCAAUUGUGGAAGUCAUCCAAUCCACUAUGGCGGCUAUGUCAGGACUUCACUAUGCAUUGGAGAAUCUUCGCAUAAAUAGACAAUAUAACUCCUUAGGAUGGAGUAAUAACUAUAGGCAGGGCAACUUUGGACGGAGCAACAGUUCAAUACAGAACAACACCGGCGGACAGAUUAGUAACGGAUUCAGAAGCAACUUUCGUGAUCGGAGCAACUACAGACAGCUUAAUUAUAAUAACAGCCUCAACUCUAGAGAGAACUACAGUCGUAGGGGCAAUCUGACGGAGAGAAUGCGCAGCAACCGGACCAACAAUAUAAGAAGAGGAUGGGAUCAGCAGAGGUACAAUCUUAGGAGAGACAGAUGGAAUCAACAGCGUUGGACUGGACAAUGAUCUGAUCACAUUUUAAAUGUCUCAUAGACUUGAUGUUUCAGGAACUCUUUUUAUUUUUUGGAAGAAAAUUUAUUAGUUGUUA